AAAAAAAAAAAGGGGCAUAUUUCAUCAUGGAACUUCCCAUCCCUCCCAAGCUGGACCUGAUGGACUUACCGACAGAAAUGCAUAUCUACAUCGCGGAGUUCCUGCCAUACCCCGAUGCUCUGGCUCUGAAGCAUACGUGUCGACAUUUCUACCGCCUGGUUUGUACCGAUGUGCAUCUCAAGGUCGACUGGCUUGUGCAGCGGUUUGAACUCAAGCUGGAGUGUCCGCUCGAGCAGUGCUCUUUCCGGACGGAUGAGUCCUUCUGCAACUGGCGGAUCCGGCGCAUCAUGGAACGCCGCCGGUGGCAUCUCGAGUGUCCACGCGUUAGGGGAGGUUGCCUCGUAGUGACGGGCAGUACUUGUCAGGCCGAUCUGGUGCCGACAUGGCUGAAACGGAGGAGCCGGGCCAAGAUCCUGAAGACGCUGGCAUUUUGGGGGAACGAAGCCUUGAUAAUCGGGAUGUUCGCCCUGGCAUUGCAUUUGCUCUGGGCUCUUUUAGUAAGAUAUGUCUCCAGGCACAUUCGCCCUCAGAUCCACCCCAUACCUGAAGAUUUGUGACUCUGUUCCUCACUUUUUUCUUCUUGCGAUCGCGGGUCAGCGGCCAUGUACGAUGGAAGUUUUUCGUUCAUACCAGGCAUCCUGCUGGCCAGGGUGUUCUGAAAUCGAAUCAAGAAUGGCUGGAUUGUAUGAUUUGAUAUCAGAUGGUUGGAUCUACACUAGCGAUACCAGCAUUGGAGUACAUGUUUGAAGUAUCUAGUUAAAGCUUAUAUUCUUUAAUUCACAGG